AUUUCCCUGAGCUGGAUGAUCCCACCACAAAGUCCGCCGAACGCCCAUGGCAGCGGCCUGCAAACUCACCAUGGCAUCAACUUUGGAUGCUGGAUUGCCUCAGCUGUCACUCCUUGUGCCACUUCUUGCGCUGAUUCUGAGUCAUGACUGCCUACCCUGCCUCGCCUCCCCUCGGAGAGGUUUCUCGCCCCAACGCUCUUCAGAACCGCUGACGAGAGGCGCUCGACGGGCGCUGGGCGAGGAACUCCUCGCGGUGGUUUCACCUCUGAAAGCCGAGGAGAAUGAGUCUUCCCGUGGCGUCAAACCGAAGUCCAGCCUGGAAGGCAGUCACGCUCAGCUUCAACGCUCAGCUUCGCGGGGAUCACGCUCUCCCACGCGGUUCGCUCACAUCGCCGGUCCUUCUUUCCUCCUGAGCAAACCGGCGGCCGGGUGGGGCGGUUGUGUUGGAAAGGAUUGGUUCGUUGGGCUGCGCGAACAUCCUUGAACAUCCUUGAAAACCAUCUACAUAUCGAAAUGUACCAACAGAGGUUAA